ACUGAAAGCCGAAUGUGAGCACGGUAUCACCACUGACAGCUCCCUGUGGAAAUUCAAGACCAGCAAGUAUUAUGGGGCCAUCACUGAUGCCCCAGGACGCAGAGACUUUAGCAACAACAUAAUUAGGGGCACAUCUCAGGCUGACUGCGCCAUCCUGAUUGUUGCUGCUGGUGUUGGGAUGAAAAUUCAGCCUAAGGAUGACAAUGCCAGUGAAAACCUGCUGCUUGAAGCUCAGGAUUGCAUCCUGCCACCAACUCAUCCAACUGACAAGUCCCUGUGUCUGUCCCUCCAAGAUGUCUACAAAGUAUUGAAUUCCUCAUUGCUGGAUAGCCCGGAGGCGGACCUGCCAAUUUGUUUUGAGCAAACAGUUCUGGUUUGGAUUCCCUUGGGCUUCCUUUGGCUCCUGGCCCCUUGGCAGCUUCUCCAUGUGUACAGAUCCAGGACCAAGAAAUCUUCUGUAACCAAGCUCUACCUUGCCAAGCAGGUGCUUGUUGGGUUUCUUUUUAUUCUAGCAGCCACAGAGCUGGUCCUUGUAUUCAUAGAAGAUUCUGGACAAGCCACCGUCCCUGCCAUCAGAUAUACCAAUCCAAGCCUCUACCUGGGCACAUGGCUCCUGGUUCUGCUGAUCCAAUAUAGCAGGCAAUGGUGUGUGCAGAAGAACUCUUGGUUCCUGUCCCUAUUUUGGGUUCUCUCAAUACUCUGUGGCACUUUCCAGUUUCAGACUCUGAUCCGGAUGCUCUUAAAGGGCAAUACUUCCAGUCUAGCCUACUCCUGCCUGUUCCUCAUCAGCUAUGCAUUCCAGAUCCUCAUCCUGAUCCUUUCAGCAUUUUCAGAAAGAGGUGACUCAUCAGAGAAUCCAUCAGUCACAGCUUCAUUUCUGAGUAGAAUCACCUUCAGUUGGUAUGACAGUGUUGUUCUGAAAGGCUUCAAGCGACCUCUGACACUUGAAGAUAUCUGGGAUGUUGAUGAACAGAGUAAAAGCAAGGCACUAGUCAACAAAUUUGAAACGCACAUGGCAAGAGAGCUGCUGAAGGCCAGGCGGGCACUGCAGAAACGGCAGCGGAAGAACAUCCGGAGGGACUCUGGAAGCAGGCUGCAUGGCCUAAGCAAGAACCAGAGUCAAAGCCAAGAUGUCCUUGUCCUGGAAGAAGCUAAAAAGAAGAAAAAGAAGUCUGGGACCACAGAGGACUUCCCUAAGUCCUCUGAGGACUUCCCUAAGUCCUGGCUGAUCAAGGCCCUCUUCAAAACUUUCCGCGCCAUCAUCCUGAAGUCGUUCCUGCUGAAGGUGGUGUAUGACCUGCUCACAUUUCUGAAUCCUCAGCUGCUGAAAUUGCUGAUCUCCUUCGAAAAUGAUCAGGACAGUUAUGUGUGGAUCGGAUACCUGUAUUCAGUCCUCUUCUUCGUUGUGGCCCUCAUCCAGUCUUUGUGCCUUCAGUAUUACUACGAACUUUGCUUCAAGCUGGGAGUAAAAGUGCGGACCACCAUCAUAGCUUCUGUGUAUAAAAAGGCACUGAGACUUUCCAACCGAACGAAGAAACAGUACACUAUUGGAGAAACAGUGAACCUGAUGGCUGUGGAUGCCCAGAAGCUCAUGGAUGUGACCAGCUUCGUUCACCUGCUGUGGUCAAAUGUUCUACAGAUUGUAUUAUCCAUCUACUUCCUAUGGAUUGAGUUGGGACCCUCAGUCUUAGCAGGUGUUGCGUUGAUGUUGCUUCUAAUCCCAGUAAAUGGGCUCAUCGCUGUCAAGAAUAAGGCUAUUCAGGUAAAAAAUAUGAAGCAGAAAGACCAGCGUUUGAAGAUAAUGAAUGAGAUUCUCAAUGGAAUCAAGAUCCUGAAAUAUUUUGCCUGGGAACCUUCAUUCAGAAACCAAGUCUACAACAUUCGGAAGAAAGAGCUCAAGAACCUGCUCCGCUUUGGGCAGAUGCAGUCGAUAAUGAUGUUUAUCUUGUACUCGACUCCGGUCCUGGUGUCUGUGGCCACAUUUUCAGUGUACGUCCUGGUGGAUAGCAAUAAUAUUUUGGAUGCUCAAAAGGCCUUCACCUCCAUCACCCUCUUCAAUAUCCUGCGCUUUCCCAUGAACAUGCUUCCCACGGUCGUCUCUUCCGUGCUCCAGGCCAUUGUUUCCAAAGAUCGGCUGGAGAGGUACUUGGGAGGGGAUGACUUGGACACGUCCGCCAUUCGACACGACUGCAAUUUUGACAAAGUCGUGCAGUUUUCUGAGGCCUCCUUCGCCUGGGACCAGGAUUCGGAAGCCACAAUUCGAGACGUGAACCUGGACAUUAUGCCGGGCCAACUAGUGGCUGUGGUGGGCAUGGUGGGCUCUGGGAAAUCCUCCUUGAUGUCAGCCAUGCUGGGAGAAAUGGAAAAUGUUCACGGGCACAUCACCAUCAAGGGCUCCAUAGCCUACGUCCCCCAGCAGUCCUGGAUCCAGAACGGCACCAUAAAGGACAACAUCCUUUUUGGAUCAGAGUUAGAUGAAAAGAGAUACCAGCAAGUCCUAGAGGCCUGCGCCCUCCUCCAAGACCUGGAAGUGCUGCCUGGAGGAGACCUGGCUGAGAUUGGAGAGAAGGGUAUAAAUCUCAGUGGGGGUCAGAAGCAGCGGAUCAGCCUGGCAAGAGCCACCUACCAAAACUCAGACAUCUACAUUCUGGACGACCCCCUGUCGGCUGUGGACGCUCACGUGGGAAAACACAUUUUCGAUAAGGUCUUGGGUCCCAAUGGUCUAUUGAAAGGCAAGACUCGACUCUUGGUUACACAUAGCAUUCACUUUCUUCCCCAAGUGGAUGAGAUUGUGGUUCUGGAGAAUGGCACGAUCUCAGAGAAGGGGUCCUACAAAGCUCUGCUGGCCAAGAAGGGAUUAUUUGCUAAAAAUCUGAAGACAUUUAAAAAAGAGACGGGGCCUGAAGGAGAAGCCACAGUCAAUGAGGACAGUGAAGAAGAAGAUGACUAUGGGUUGAUGCCCGGUGUGGAGGAAAUCCCCGAGGAUGGGGCCUCCUUGACCAUAAAUAGAGAAAACAGCCUUCGUCGGACACUUAGCCACAGAUCUAGGUCAAAUAGCAGGCCUCUGAAGCCCCUGAAAAACUCCUUGAAAACUUGGAAUAUGAAUACCCAGAAGGAAGGGGAAGAACUGGUGAAAGGACAAAAAUUAACUAAGAAGGAAUUCAUACAAACUGGAAAGGUCAAGUCCUCCAUCUACCUGAAAUACCUGCGAGCAGUAGGAUGGUAUUCAAUCUUCUUCAUCAUCCUUGCUUAUGUAAUUAAUUCUGUGGCUUUGAUUGGAUCCAAUAUCUGGCUCAGUGCUUGGACCAGUGACUCUAAAACCUACAAUGGUACCAACUAUCCACCCUCUCAGAGGGACAUGAGAGUUGGCAUCUAUGGAGCUCUGGGAUUAGUGCAAGGUAUAUUUGUGCUCACAGCAAAUCUCUGGAGCGUCUAUGGCUUCACCCACGCAUCAAACCUCCUUCACAAGCAACUGCUGAACAAUAUCCUUCGAGCACCCAUGAGUUUCUUUGACACGACACCCAUAGGCCGGAUUGUAAACAGGUUUGCUGGUGAUAUUUCCACACUGGACGAUACCCUCCCCAUGUCCUUGCGCAACUGGAUUUUUCACUUCCUGGGGAUCAUCAGCACCCUUGUCAUGAUCUGCAUGGCCACUCCAGUCUUCAUCAUCAUCAUCAUUCCUCUUGGUGUCAUUUAUGUGUCUGUUCAGAUGUUCUACGUGGCCACUUCCCGGCAACUGAGACGCCUGGACUCUGUCACCAGGUCCCCGCUCUACUCUUUCUUCAGCGAGACCGUGUCGGGCUUGCCUGUCAUCCGUGCGUUUCAGCACCAGCAGCGGUUUCUGAAACACAAUGAGGUGUUGAUUGAUACCAACCAAAAAUGUGUCUUUUCCUGGAUUAUCUCCAACAGGUGGCUUGCCGUGCGUCUGGAGCUGGUCGGGAACUUGGUUGUUUUCUUUUCGUCCUUGAUGAUGGUGAUUUAUAAAGACACCCUGAGUGGGGACACCGUGGGCUUUGUGCUGUCCAAUGCACUCAAUAUCACACAAACCCUGAACUGGCUGGUGAGGAUGACGUCAGAAGUCGAGACCAACAUUGUGGCUGUGGAGCGGAUCACUGAGUACAUAAACGUGGAAAAUGAGGCACCCUGGGUGACUGAUAAGAGGCCUCCGGCGGGUUGGCCCAGCAAAGGGGAGAUUCAGUUUAACAACUACCAAGUGCGGUACCGGCCUGAACUGGAUCUGGUACUGAAAGGGAUCACAUGUAACAUCAAGAGCCAGGAGAAGAUUGGUGUGGUGGGCAGGACAGGAGCCGGGAAGUCGUCCCUGACAAACUGCCUCUUCAGGAUCCUAGAGGCUGCAGGCGGCCAGAUCAUCAUCGAUGGGGUAGAUGUUGCUUCCAUCGGGCUCCACGACCUCCGAGAGAAACUGACCAUCAUCCCGCAGGACCCCAUCCUGUUCUCUGGAAGCCUGAGGAUGAAUCUAGACCCUUUCAACAACUACUCAGAUGAGGAGAUCUGGAAGGCCCUGGAGCUGGCUCACCUCAAAUCCUUUGUGUACGGCCUGCAACUCGGUUUGUCCCAUGAGCUGACAGAGGCCGGUGACAACCUCAGCAUCGGGCAAAGGCAGCUACUGUGCCUGGCCAGGGCUCUGCUGCGGAAAUCCAAGAUUCUGAUCAUGGACGAGGCCACUGCGGCCGUAGACCUGGAGACGGAUCGCCUCAUCCAGAUAACCAUCCAGAAGGAGUUCUCCCACUGCACGACCAUCACCAUCGCCCACAGGCUGCACACCAUCCUGGACAGCGACCGGGUAAUGGUCCUGGACAACGGGAAGAUUGUGGAGUAUGGCAGCCCCGAGGAACUGCUGGAAAAACCUGGCCCCUUUUAUUUUAUGGCCAAAGAAGCUGGCAUUGAACGUGGGAACAGCACAGCACUGUGACGGCAGGUCCCGAGGCUCAGAAAGGACUAGAAGGAUCAUUACUUAUUUAAUUUCAUUUUUUGAGAACUAUAUCAUAUGUAGAGAAAGGUGUGUAAAAUGUGCAUCUUAAAGAAGGAUUGUAAGUGAACAGCUGUGUACCCGCUGCCCAGGUGAAGAAAAUGAACAGCAGCAGCUCCAGCAGACUCCCCAACGAGCCCACUCUGCCCCUCAUCCCGGCUACCCCACCCCCGCCCCGCCCGAGACCGCUGUGCUGAGUUCCGUGAUAAUUAUCCCCUUGCCUUCCAUUUAGUCUUACCACUUUGUAUGUAUCUUUAAACAAUGUGUGCCUUUUUAAAAACUUAUGCAAAUGGCUGGCUCAUACUGCACACAUUCUUCCACGACUUCAUUCAGUAUUAUGUUUGAGUCGUAGCCAUUCCACGCCCAUAGUGGGGCGAGUUCCUUCUCACUGCUCUGUAGUACAGCAGGGGGUGAGUGUGCUGCUGUGGACCCAUUCUAAUGCUGGUCAGCAGCAGGGCUUUUUUUUUCCUGUGAUGAACUGUACUGCUAUGAACAUUCUAAUAUAUAAUUCCUGAGAUGUAUGUGCAGGACUUUCUUAGGGUGUAAUGCAGGAAGGGGGGCGUGCACACGUUUACAUGAAUAUAUUUGGUUAAUGCCAAACUGGCAAUGCCGACGAAAAGCUCUUUGUCAGUCUGAUGGGUAUGGAUUGGUACCUCAGUGAGGUUUUCACUUACAUUUACCUGGUUACUGUUGAGGUUUCACAAAGUAGAGUACAAACCGCUACCUGAUCACGGCCUGAGGUUCCGAUAUGAGGUUUCUGCUGGUUCUCACCCAUGGCGCUUUAUGUCCUUGCAUGCCUUGUGAAUUUUUACGAGAAGCUGUUCACGCUGUGGACAUUCUCUGAGGCUGGGUGAGCCUGAGCUGUCCUGAGAACCCCUGCUGCCUGUGUAGGUUUCCUCAGAUCCAUCCCCCUAUGACUACCAGGGAUCAAAUAUGCAAAACUUAAAAAAAAAUCAUUUUUAUUGUUGUUCUAUUACCGUUAUCUCCAUUUGCCCCCUUUGCCCUCCUCCCCUCUCCCACAUCCGUUCUCACCCUGUUGUCCAUGUCUGUGGGUCAUUCAUUCAUGUUCUGUCUUCUGCUUCAACCCUUCAUUCAAUGGCCACCCAGAGUCAAGGUAAAAUUCCUCAGUACGGUGUAAUGAAGCUCCCUAACAUCUGAUCCAACCUCAUUUCUUCUAACUCCCAUAGGCUCCAGCCACAGUAAAUGCUUUUAGAUUCACACACACGCACCCUUUGAUUCUAGCCUUUUGCUUUUCUAUCCCUUCUGCUUGGAAUCCCCCGCUACCUCUAACUCAUUCUGACUCAGCCAAGAGGUUCCCCUCUCCUCUUAUACCCCAAGCUAGUGUCAGCGCUGUUGUCAAUUUCAGUCCUUUUCUGCAUCUGAACCAGAGUUCUGUGUUUGGGGACUUCCUAAACUCAGGAUGCUUCGUGGGAGACAAGGGUGCAGCCAUGUGACUAGGUCCCGUUAAUCAGCUGUGCUGGCACCGAACGAACUUCGGACGCCCGUGACACAGAGAGGCAGGGCAAUCUGUCCUGGGAAAGGUGAUGGCAGUCGUGACAGGCAUGGCUCUUGUCUGAGGGUAGCCGUGUGGUGGUUCCAGCUGCAAGGCCCGGCGAUAGUGUAGCGUCGGGUAGUGUGGUGACUUUGUCGGAAGUUUCUAUGUUUGGAUCUCCCUCAGUAAGCUGUGAGCCUCUUGAAAACAGGAAUAAUUUCUUACUCAUUUUCUUUCUCUCUUUCAGUGGCCAGAAUAUAGCAAGCAUAUGCAUGUUUGUUCAAAAAAACGUUUUAAAAAUUGAAUGGGAAAAAUGAAUGACAAUGCAGAAAUAGAGUUGAAGAAAACAAAGUAACUCCACAUUGACACAUUGGCACAAACAGGAAAAAGAAAUGUACCAAUCAGACCUCAGUUUUCUGCAGGCUAGUUUUCUAUGUGCGCCUUUCGACAUAUCCUCUAAAGAAAUUCAUUUCAUUCAGGUAUUAGGAUGAGAAUUCAUUUAAUCACAAAUGCUAACCAGUCGUAUCUUUAUUUAAAAUUAGCAAACAGUAUUGUACAAACACUGACAUUUAAAUCUCUAAAAAUCUAAACUUUUACAAUUUAGAUUUACUUAGCAAAGACCACAUUCAAUUAUAAGCAUGAAUUUAGUAUUCUACAUAGAUUAGACACUAAGCAGUUUUCUUAAAGGCUUCAAUUCACCCUGUCUGAAGACACAUGUAAAAGAUUAUGAAAUUGCAUUAAAAAAUUGGAAGCGCUCCAUUUUCAUAGUAUUCCUUUUUUGCUUUAUAAUUGGUUAUGCUGUAGAAUUUAAGUGUUACAGUGUAAAAAGCAACGAGUCAGGGAAGAAGAAAAAAGAGGAUCAUAUAAAAAGCUGUAUUUCCUUUAGGUAAGACAAGCAUAAAAAUAAGAAUUACAGGAAGAAAAAUGACUUAAAACUAGUUUGGUUUUUACAGACUUUUAAAAAUGGACUAACACAGAGCUCUUCUUCAACUCUGACAAUCAAGGCCUUGGUCGCCAUGUUGACAGUCUCUCGGAUGGACACCUUGGCACUCACCGCACGGCCAUUCAUUUGGCUGUUCUGCUCCAGAGUGUCCACAGUGAAGCACUGGUUCUGCAGCCCAGCCUUUGGGACACUUACCUGCCAGGUCAGCUCACACCUGCCUGUUCUCUCCCGGCAGCAACUCUGUUGGUAUCCAUCCGCGGAGACUGUCCGGUGUCGAGUUGUCCACUGGUUGUACCUCUAGAGAGACAUCCCUCCCCGUGGGUGGAGCUGACACCCUUGCCCAGAGCUGGCUUCUUUGUGCACGAGCACCCGUGCGCUGCUGCAUCGUGGUCUGGUUUGUUAGUUGCAUCAUAAAGACAGAAACUAGUCCCAUAAAUAUUUGCCUGGUACAUUUACUAGUGGUCCAGUUAGUUACUUUUAUUUACAGUUAUCUGUAAACCAAUUACACUUUGGCAAGCUCUUCAUUUUCCUUCAUCAAAAGGUUUCGUUUUGCUGCAUAAUUGACUUCACUGUUGAUGGAUGACCAGGAUAUUUUUGUGUUAGCUGGACCUGGGGUAGAGGUGAGGCUCAAGGGCCAAGGCUGUCCUGCUGUUUUUGUAAAUAAAGGUUUUUCUGGAACACGGCCAUGCCCACUUGUUUCCCUGUUAUCCUUGCUGGCUGUCGUGCUACAGUGGUGGCGCUGAGGGGUGGCGGCGGACUGAGUGGCCCGCAGAGCCUGAACUAUGUACUGUCUGGUCAUUUACAGAGGAGGUUUGCUGGUCCCUGCUCCAGCGACGCUGGUAUGGCCUGGGGUGCAUCCUUUCCAUUCCCAAACAGACAACAGGCCUAAAGAGUGUCACGACUCUAUCCCUGUGGCAGGUAGAUAAAACGGUCCCCAAAGACGUCCAGGUCCUAAUCCCCAGAACCCAUGAGGCUUACCUUACAUGGUGAAAGGGGAGGUAUCGGUAAGGACAUUGCGGUGGGGAGAACAUGCAGCUGGGCCAGUGCAGUCACAAGGAUCCUUGCGAGAGUCAGGAGGGUCAGAAUCAGAAUGAACACGAUGUGAUGAGAAGCAGAGAGGUUUGAAGAUGCUGCUGAUGGCUUUGAAGGUGGAGGAAGAGGCCACAAGCCAAGGGGUACAGGCAACUUCUGGAAGCUCGAAAAGGAGACAGAUUCUCGCCUGGAACCUCCAGGAGGAACCAGACAUACUUGACUUUUGCCCAGUGAAACAGAUUUUGAGCUUCUUUUUUUUUUUUUAAUUUUAUUGAUUAUGCCAUUACAUUUGUUCUAUUCCCCCCUCCACCCUGCAUGCCCCUCCCCCACCAUUCCCCCCCUUUAGUUCAUGAACACGUGUCUCAAGUUCUUUAGAU